AUGACAGAAAAUCUUGCUAAUUUCACUGAUAUCCUGGGUGAUGAAGAUGAGAUAGGCGAUUCCCAGCAGUCGCAGCCACUAUCUCUUCCCUCUAGCACUGAUUCACAUCCUCAAGUAAGAAACAAUGAACUGAAUAAAAUAAUACGGCCUGCUAAAGGUACUGGACAAUUCAAGGAAUUUCGAAGUGUGGAAGAAAUAGAUAAAUCACUGGUGGUAUGCGCACCCACUGGCUCCGGUAAAACGGUGGUGUUUGAAAUGGCCAUAGUUCAGCUCCUGAUGGAAAUGGAGAAUAAUAAUAGCGCCGAAGAUUUCAAAAUAAUUUAUAAUGUGCCAGUGAAUACUAAUCUGCGCGACUUGUGUCACCCCCUGAUGCUUGGCACCCGGGGCGGACCGCCCCCACCGCCCCCCCCCCCCCCCCCUUACGCCGCUACUGUUUUCUUGCUUUAUAUUUUCUCCCAAUCUAUCGUAUAUUUUAUUUUAAAAGUGGCCCCAGUAAAAGCUCUGUGCACGGAACGUUUGACGGAAUGGUACUCCAAGUUCACCAGGCUGGGGCUUCUCUGUAUUGAGGUCACUGGCGACACUGACGUGGACUUCACGCAACUUCAGGCCUAUAAGAUAAUAAUAACCACACCAGAGAAAUGGGACAUGUUGACGCGAAGGUGGAAAGACCACCGAGGCCUGGUGGAGAUGAUCAAGCUGUUCCUGAUUGAUGAGGUUCACAUACUGAACGACGAGACUCGCGGGCCGGUUCUUGAGGCAGUUGUCAGCAGGAUGAAGACAGUUCAGAUAUUUUGCAACACAAGGAAGAGCGUGCUACUGACUGCCGAAACCUUAUCGAAGGAGAUCACGAUUACGUUCAGUCCCGAGCAAAAGGCGAAGCUCACUGCGCUAGCGUCUACGAUUAAAACUAAAAAGUUGCAGUCCUUGGUACUGGCCGGCGUGGGAUGCCAUCACGCUGGAAUGCUCUACGAAGAGAGAAUCUACAUAGAGCAUGCAUUCAGAAACGGAGACCUGCCCAUACUCAUCACUACCACUACCUUAGCAAUGGGUGUCAAUUUACCAGCUCAUCUUGUGAUAAUCAAGAACACUCAACAGUACGUGAACGGAGCUUACCAAGAAUACAGCAUCAGUACCGUCCUUCAAAUGGUGGGUCGCGCCGGGCGGCCGCAGUUCGACACUGAGGCCACUGCUGUAAUUAUGACGAGGCAAAGGGAUAAGCGUUAA